UGGUACCCAGGCCUAACAGCCACAUGAUGUGGUGCCACCUGUCAAACAUGCCCAUUAAAGUGUUAUCAAACCCCUUACCCUGCAUUCACUAUAUCUGGUCCCCCACAGACCUUGCAUUCACUAUAUCCACUCUCCCCAGACCCAACAUUCACUAUAUCCGGUCUCCCUGGACCCUGCAUUCACUAUAUCCGCUCUCCCCGGACCCCACAUCCACUAUAUCCGGUCUCUCCGGACCCCGCAUUCACUAUAUCCGCUCUCCUCGGACCCUGCAUUCACUAUAUCCGCUCUUCUCGGACCCUGCAUUCACUAUAUCUGCUCUCCUCGGACCCUGCAUUCACUAUAUCUGGUCUCCCCGGACCCUGCAUUCACUAUAUCCGCUCUCCUCGGACCCUGCAUUCACUAUAUCCGCUCUUCUCGGACCCUGCAUUCACUAUAUCUGUUCUCCUCGGACCCUGCAUUCACUAUAUCUGGUCUCCCCGGGACCCUGCAUUCACUAUAUCUGGUCUCCCAGGACCCUGAAUUCACUAUAUCCACUCUCCCUGGACCCUGUAUUCACU